UUCUCCCGACAAAAUUCCUAUUCUUGCAAUUUUCCCUGGAUGAUUAUUGAUGGCGAUGAAGUCCGCCACCGAAGCCACGAUGAUGCGCCUGAGACUGACGAGGAUUAUAACGUCGGCGACGAGGGCAACUACUAGCAACACCAAUCGCAGGCUACUAUCGGCGAAGAAUCUGAGCAGCCAAAGCAAUAAAAAUGGCGGAGAAGAAGGAUCGGUGGCGAGGGAGCGAGUGGAUUGCUUGGUGAUAGGGGCGGGAGUGGUGGGGCUCGCCGUGGCGCGGGAACUGGCCGCCAAGAAACGAAGGAAGGUGAUCCUCGUCGAUUCCGCUCCGACCUUCGGCACCGGCACCAGCUCUCGCAACAGUGAAGUCAUCCAUGCCGGCAUUUACUACCCUCCCUCUUCUUUCAAGGCACUUUUUUGUGUCAGGGGAAGAGAAUUGCUGUACAGUUAUUGCAGAGAACAUGAUAUUCCUCAUAAACAGAUUGGUAAGCUCAUAGUUGCUACUGGAUCUUCAGAGAUUCCAAAGUUGAACAGCAUAAUGAAUCGUGGGAUUGAAAAUGGGGUUGAUGGUCUAAGGAUGAUCGAAGGUUAUGAAGCCCUGAGAAUUGAGCCCGAACUGCAAUGUUCGAAAGCUUUAUUAUCUCCUGUGUCAGGAAUAAUUGAUACCCAUUCCCUGAUGCUGACUUUAGUGGGAGAAGCAGAGGGCUAUGGAACAACUUUGUCUUACAACACUGCCGUGGUUGGUGGUCACCUUGAAGGAAAUCAUCUUUGCGUUCAUAUUUCUGAAAGCAAGGCUCUUGAGAACUGGGAUGGGAAAUUUCCCCUGCAGCCAGAGCUUGUACUUAUUCCUAAGCUUGUAGUGAACUCUACAGGCUUGGGUGCACCAUCCCUUGCAAAGCGAUUUAGCGGCAUAGAUACUGCACUCAUUCCCACUUCAUAUUAUGCUCGUGGUUGCUACUUCACUCUAGCAAAUACUAAAGGUCCUCCAUUUAGACAUUUGAUUUAUCCUAUACCCGAGGAUGGUGGCUUGGGUGUGCAUGUUACCCUGGAUUUGAAUGGCCAAGUGAAAUUUGGCCCUGAUGUUGAAUGGAUUAAUGGUGGCAGUGAUACUUCAAUUUUACUGAACAAGUUUGAUUACUCUGUACAUGCAGAUCGUGCAAACCGAUUUUACCCAGAGAUAAGAAAGUACUAUCCCAGUUUGAAGGAUGGAUCUCUGGAGCCUGGUUAUGCUGGCAUCCGACCCAAACUUUCUGGUCCCAAACAGGGGUUUGUUGAUUUUGUGAUCCAGGGAGAGGACAUUCAUGGAGUACCUGGCCUUGUAAACUUGUUUGGAAUUGAGUCACCAGGUUUAACUUCAAGCUUGGCAAUUGCAGAGUAUGUUGCCAACAGGUUGUCAAGUGUAUAACCUACACCCAGAAACUUGUUUGAUCAAAUUGUUCGGUUUCCUAAUAUUUCCUACCGGCUGUCAGUUCAGAGCCCAGCUGACCCCACAUAGUGGGAUUAGGAUAAAGGCUUCGGUAAGUUGUCGUCUUGUUCAGAGUCCAGUAUUAUUCCCUUUGAAGUCCAGAAAGUUGGAGAGGUAUCCAUCUUUGAUGUCAAAUGCAUUUCACUAUCUCAAUGUUUCCUCUACCAACUCAAUUGCUUUUGCCAUGUAUGUGGAUGAUCUCAUGGUGUUCUCUCA